AUGUCAGAAAACAACAGUAUCAGUAAGCUAAUUCAACAUCAAUUCAAUCCAUACACAGACAAUGGUGGUACUAUCUUAGGUAUUGCAGGUGAAGAUUUUGCAGUUUUAGCAGGGGAUACAAGAAAUACAGUUGAUUAUUCUAUUAAUUCUAGAUACGAACCUAAAGUGUUUGAUGUAGGUGAUGAUAUAUUAAUGAGCGCUAAUGGAUUUGCAGCUGAUGGUACCGCGUUGGUGAAAAGAUUCAAGAACGGCCUGAAAUGGUAUCAUUUUGACCAUGAUGGGAGUAGUACGAGCAGAGGAAUCAAAAAAAUGCGUUUAAGCACUGCUGCUAGAAGUAUACAACAUUUGCUAUAUGGUAAAAGAUUUUUCCCUUAUUAUGUUCACACAAUUAUUGCAGGUUUAGAUGAAAAUGGUAAAGGUGCCGUGUAUUCAUUUGAUCCUGUCGGCUCAUAUGAGAGAGAACAAUGUAGGGCAGGUGGUGCUGCAGCUUCAUUAAUUAUGCCCUUUUUAGAUAAUCAAGUAAAUUUUAAGAACCAAUAUGAACCAGGAACCAAUGGAACUAUUAAAAAGAAAGUUGAGUACUUAACCAUUGACGAAGUUAUCAAAUUGGUGAAGGAUGCUUUUACAUCUGCUACUGAAAGACAUAUAUCUGUUGGUGAUGGCUUACAAAUCUUGAUUGUUACCAAAGAUGGUGUUAAAGAAGAGUAUCAUCCAUUAAAAAAGGAUUGA